AUGGACAAAGAGUGGACUAAACUUCCAUGGUUUAGUCAAGAGUACAUCAACGGUGUUACUCAAUUUCUAGACUUUGCCUUCACUAAUGGAAGAUCUCAAGGAGAUGAGGUUCUAUGCCCUUAUGCCAAGUGUAAAAAUUUGUAUUGGAAAACAAGAGGUAUUAUUAAGUAUCACCUAAUAGCCAAAGGUUUUGUAAAAGGUCAUGAAGUAUGGUUGCACCAUGGGGAGAAACUACAAAGGUCUAUGGAAAUUGGUGCUGGGAUGGAAGAUCAAGAGGGAUCACAUGAUGACAUUCCUGGCUUACUCCAUGACAUAUAUGUAGAUAGGGCAGAAGAGCACAGAGUUCAUGAAGGUCCCAAUGACGAUGCUAGAACGUUUUACAAUUUGUUUAAAGAGGCGGAACAAGAAUUGUACCCUGGAUGCAAAGACUUCUCUACGUUAUCAUUCACGAUUCGACUCUGCUUGUUGAAAUAUCUUCACGUCUGGAGCAAUACGUCAUUCACUGCCCUCUUAGAAUUGUUGAAAGAAGCAAUGCCUGAUUUAAACAUUCCUGUAUCAUUUUACAAGACAAAAGGCAUGAUAAGUGGUUUAGGCCUUGAUUAUAAAAAGAUCCAUGCAUGCCCAAACAAUUGCAUGCUAUUUUGGAAAGAGCAUGAAAAGGACAAUUCUUGCACUAUUUGUGAAGCUUCACGGUGGAAACAAAAUGCUCUAACUGAAGGAUGUGAGUCUGAGCAAUCGAAAAAUGAUUAUAGAGUUCCUGCAAAAAGUUUGAGACACUUUCCAUUGAUUCCUAGACUACAAAGGUUGUUCAUGUGUUCAAAGACAGCGGAGUCAAUGAGAUGGCAUGAAGAAGAUCGCUCAAAGGAUGGGAAAUUGAGGCAUCCUACUGAUGACAAAGCGUGGAAGGACUUUGACGAGCUCCAUCCAGAUUUUUCUAGUGAGUCCCGCAAUGUAAGACUUGGCUUAACGAGCGAUGGUUUUAAUCCAUUCAGGACAAUGAGCUUAUCUCAUGGUACAUGGCAUUUCUUGAUGAUGGUAUACAACACACCGCCUUGGCUGUCCAUGAAACAUGAAUAUACAAUGUUGUCGUUAUUGAUUCCUGGACCAAAAUCUCUAGGAAACGAUAUUGAUGUUUACCUCCAGCCAUUGAUAGAGGAGCUAAAGGAGUUAUGGGAAUCCGACAUAGAGACAUAUGAUUCUUCAUUGAAUCAAACAUUUCGAAUGUGUGCAACUAUUUUGUAG